CAUUAUGGUUGACCACACGAAUGAUCACGAAUAUGAUCUCCAUCAGUCGGCCUGUCCGUCUGUGGAUAGGCUUAAACUUAUUACGGCUUGCAGGGAUAUGGAAGCAAAGAAGAAGCUUUAUAGCAAAUGGGCUUCAUUCUAUGACGAGGACAUGGACGUCCUUGGCUAUCAAGGGUACGGUGUCAUGGGUAAAAGGGUUACCGAUCUUAUUACAGAUAAGGAAGCGAAGAUCUUGGACAUUGGAUGUGGAACUGGACGUUUCGGAUUAGAGCUGCACUCACUUGGGUACACCAAUAUUCACGGUGUAGACGGGAAUAACAAUUUCUUGGAGAAAAGUCGCAAGAGACAUGUUUAUACCAACCUUAAACAAUGUUGGUUUGGCGCAAACGUCAUUUCACCCUAUGAAAAUGGUGCUUUUGAUAUCGUAGUAGCUGUGUCCUCAUUUGGACCUCUAGUACUGGAUCAUAGUGCAUUGCCAGAGAUUGACCGUCUGACUCGAACAGGUGGAUAUUUCAUCCUGUUCAUACGGAAAUCAAGUCUAGAGAUGGAGGAUGAAAUAUUCAAUGUCAAGUCAGUCUUUGACGAGUGGAUCGCGAGUGGAAAAUGGGAGCGACUUGGCGACAUCAGCUCGGUUUACUACUCUGGAACGGAUGACGAGUCGGAGCAUGAUGACCGUUUAGUUGAGCAUGAGGGCGUUAUCGUUACCCUAUAAGAAAACAGGCAAUUGAGUAACCAUUUGAGGUGCAUUUGUUUUGAACAUGUAGAAUGCAGAAUACACUAAAUAUACUAUAGUGUAAUUACAGCCUAUCGGAAAUAGACGAUUUGCAAUUAAUAGGCUUACGUAUUUAAUCAAUAUGUUAAGUAAAACUACCGGGGGAAAUGGUAUAGUAAUUGUUUAUUUAGCCUAUAAUAUCGAAUUUGUCUUCUGUAAUAAAUGCAGUAUAAAUACACCGACUUUGAUAACAAGAGCAGCAGCUGUUCCUGCACAAUUUCCAAAAUUUACAUUUUAUUUGUAAUGAGAUAUUGCCUAAUUAACUCGCCAAAUGCAUAUAUAUCCCAUCUUCUGUUGGCUGAGACCUCAUUGUGUGAUUGAACCUUAGUCGGAUCCCCAACUUUUUAAUUUCUUCCUUUGUUAUUUUUAAGCGCGUGUAUCACUAAGUACCCAAUUAUUUCUAUAGUUUCAAGGGGGGUCCAAACUGUACAAGCAUUGCUUUUAGUGGACCCCUCAUUUUUAUUACUGUAUGCUUUCAUUGAAAAUAUUAAUCUUUAUUUGUAUCUGAUUUAUAUUACUUUGUAUUAUGUUUGAAUGGAAAUUUAAUGAAAUAAAGGAAUUAAAUGAAUCAGUUCACUAUAUACUGU